ACUGCUUAGAAACCUCAUCUGCACACAGGACCUUGAACAAACUCCAGUUUUAUCAAGCUCUUUGAUCAACGAUGAAGCUCUUUGUUCCACUAAUUGUUCCACUGUGGGCUCUGUUCUCCCUAGCCCAGCAGGCAGCUCCAAGUAAAAGCUGCAAAUGUGAGCUGAAUCCAACAGAAAAGGCUUUUCCUCACGACAAACUCCAAACAGCGGAAGGCAAUGCGACAGACUGCAACACCCACAUCACACCACAGAAGGCUCUGGAGCUGGAGAGUCUGCUGCUGGGACUGGAGAAACGCCUGACCCAGCUGCACAGUGACGUGUCUGUCCUGGAGGAGGAGGACGAUGGAGAGCUGUAUGGUGUUCUCAGUCUGUUCGUUAUAGAGAACGAAAUGGUUGAGAUCAGGCAGCUGAUGGACAAGCUCAACAGCACCACUGUGGAACACCAAGUCCUCACCGCUGACACCGCUCAACAGCUUGAGGAGUUAAAAACUGAAAUGAUAAAACUGGAGAAAUUUGACACCAUGGAGGUGGUGAAGGGACGACAAGUCAACAGGCACCUGAAGAGCGCCCUGGAAACAUGCAGGAUCGGAGUUAAUGCCACUGUCGCACCCACCCAACCACCAUAUGGUACUUGUCAACGCGGUCCACUUCGGAGCAUCACCGGGCCUGGUGUGAACACACAAGGAGAGUUCUCUGGCAAUUAUGCAUACGGAGCUUGGGGUCGCGAUCCCAAACCAGAAAUGAGGAAGGAGAAUUGGUACUGGAUGGUACCGCUGACUUCCAGCCAGUACGCUAACUAUAUCCGUUUCUACCCCAGUCUUAGCACCCUCAUCAUUGGGGUGAGCACUCCAGGCAACAUUCAGAUUGCUUCCUCUAACCCAACCACCAACACCAUUCAGGGUCCCAAUAAUGUUUUGUAUGGAAGUGCCUUGUACUACAACUGUUACAACCGAGAUGCUGUUUGCCGAUUCAACCUCACCAGCAAAAGUGUAACCAGCGUACAACUACCAAAAGGAACCAGGUAUAACUCGAAGAGUAAUUUCUGCCACCUUGAAGACUGCUACCUCUACACUGACCUGGACCUGGCCACUGAUGAGUCAGGCGUUUGGGUUGUCUACACCACCACCGAGGCAUUAGGCAAUCUGGUUCUGACCAAGGUGGAGGAGACUGAGCCGCCGACGCUCAGUAAAACAUGGCACACUUCAGUCUACAAGCGAAGUGUGACCAACACCUUCCUUGCCUGCGGCGUCCUCUACGCAACACGUUACAUCGACACAAAUGUGGAGGAAGUGUUUUAUUCUUUUGACACCACGACAGGGAUGGAGAACUUCAAAGUUAACAUCUUCAUAAACAAGGUGUCUCCUAACAUAUUCUCCUUGAACUACAACCCAGUGGACCAAAUGCUGUACGCAUACAGUAAUGCUAAAAUGGUCUCCUACAAGGCUUUGUUUGGGUACUCUGAUCGUUAUUUUUCAUAGGAGUGACAAUUAAUGGUACUCGCUGUAUGAUCAUUUGACAUGAUAGUAUCAUCAUGGUGUUAGAUUAUAUAAGCAUUGUCCUUUUUCUUUAGUCAUGAAAAUUUCAGAUGCAACAAGUUUCCUAUGAAAGACAGCAUAUUCUCAAAACGUUUCUGCAUGACUUUAGUGUUAUUAUUGCAGCAGCGCUGUCGUUGAAAGAGAAGUUGAUUGUAAAGAGGCAGAUUCGACUUUUGUUAGUUAGAUAAUCAACUACAGUUAAAAAAUAAAAUUACUCGGCUUGUUCAAAUGCACGCUGGAUUGUGAUAAAUAUGGAAAAUCCUUUUAUUAAGUUUAUAAGAGAAUACUUUUGAAACAACAAGAAGCCAUAAUGUCUCCUUUUACUUCCUCGUAGUACAGUAGAUGCUUAAUAGUACCAGGGAUUAGGAACCAAAACCUAACUUUAA